CUGGUGGAUUCCUGCCUGGUGCUUCCCCUGGAAGCCCUCUUGGUUUGCUUAGGGAGCCACCAUGGAGGUGGGAGUUUUCCCAGAGCUGCACAGAUUUAACACCAAGACCUGAUGGUUUGGAGGAAACCCAUCCGGGGGAAGAAAAUUGCAGCACUUCAGCAGCUGUGUUGGAUGAGCCAGGGUUUAAUUGAACACCAGGUUGUGUGGAGGUGCUGCCUGAUCCUCUCUGGGGAGACCCUCCAGGUCACACUCAACAAUGUCCCUGUCUGUGCGCCCGCAGCGCCGCGUCCUUGUCACCAAGAUCAAUAGGAGCCAGUCCUUUGCCGGAGUGAACUCGACGGCCGACCGGCCCUUCAGGAACCUCUCACCCUUCACCCCCACCGUCUCCCGAAAGACUGGCUCCAGGGUCAGUAGGAUGUUCUCAAUGUCCCACAAAUCUCCACCACCCAAGGUGCCUCAGCCCAACCGCCUCGACGAGGUGUACGAAGCUCUCAAGAAGGGCCUGACAGCCUACCUGGAGGUGCACCAGCUGGAACUGGAGAAACUCAGCACCCAGAUCCGCGAGUCCAAGAGGAAUUCACGUCUGGGCUUUCUCUACGAUCUCGACAAGCAAGUGAAGUCAAUCGAGCGUUUCCUGCGUCGCCUGGAGUUUCAUGCCAGCAAGAUAGAUGAGCUCUAUGAGGCUUACUGCAUCCAGCGGAGGCUCCGUGAUGGAGCCCACAACAUGGUCAAGGCUUACAGCACGGGCUCCCCGGGCAGCCGGGAGGCACGGGAGAGCCUGGCUGAGGCCAGCAAGGGCUACAAGGAGUACACGGAGAACAUGUGCCUGUUGGAGAACGAGCUGGAGAGCCAGCUGGGCGAGUUCCACGUCCGGAUGAAAGGACUGGCAGGCUUUGCCCGGCUCUGUGCUGGUGACCAGUACGAGAUCUUCAUGAAGUACGGCCGGCAGCGGUGGAAGCUGCGGGGACGCAUCGAGGUGAACAGCAAGCAGGUGUGGGACAGUGAGGAAAUGGUUUUCCUGCCCCUCGUCACCGAGUUCCUCUCCAUCAAGGUGACUGAGCUAAAGAGCCUGGCCAACCAUGUUGUGGUGGGCAACGUGUCCUGCGAGACCAAGGACCUCUUUGCAGCUUUGCCCCAAGUAGUGGCCGUGGAUAUCAACGACUUGGGCACCCUCAAACUCAGUCUGGAGGUGACCUGGAACCCCUUUGACAAGGACGACCAGCCCUCAGCAGCCAGCACUGUCAACAAAGCCUCCACGGUGAACAAGAGGUUCUCCACCUACAACCAGAGCCCACCUGACACUCCUUCCCUGCGGGAACAGGCGUUCUAUAACAUGCUGCGGCGCCAGGAGGAGCUGGAGAAUGGCAUGGCCUGGUCCAUCUCCUCCGAGUCCUCAGACGACUCCUCCAGCCCCCAGCUGUCCGGCACUGCCCGCCAUGCCACCCACAAGCCCAUUGUGCAGCCUGAGGUGCAGGCUUCUGCCCCUGCCAUCGAAAUCUCCUUCUCCCAGCAGCCAGAGGAGGCUGGGGCUGGGGCUGGUCCUGGUCCUGGUCCCGGUCCCGGUCCCGGUCCCGGUCCUGGUCCUGGUGCCAGCAGCAUCAGCAGUCCCCCCACUGGGAUCCAUCAGGAGGAGCAGGGCAGCCGUAAGAAGGCUGCGGUGGCCAACGGGCACGUGCCCUACUCCCGUACUCUGAGCCACAUCAGCGAGGCCAGCGUGGACGCCACGAUGGAGGCCAAGGCCACCGAGAGCCCCUGGGAGCUUGAGCCCAGCCCAGAGGACACAGAGAUGGGCGAGCAGAACGCAGAAGACCCCCUGCCUGCUGCCUCGAUGCCAACCGCUGCGGUGGCCGGGCAGGACAGCGGUGCUGAGCCCAAGCCCCACAGCACUGAGCCCAAGCCCCACGGCACCGAGCCCAAGCCCCACGGCACCGCAGCGUGGGCCACCACCAGCUGCCAGGCCCAGGCUGGAGGGGCCGAAGCAGGGCAGAGCCAGGUGCCAGCUCAGGGUGGCUGUGGCACUGGGGUCCCCACAACGCCAGCACAAGCCCCCCCAGAGGAGAGGCCCGUCCCUACCCCGCCGCUGCCGGUCGAUGUCCCCGAGGUGCCGCGGGGGAAGGUGGUGGAUUCAGGUCUGGAGGAGGCCAUUGGCCUCCUGGGCUCGGCUCUGGAUGAUUAUCGGGGGCAGUUCCCUGAGCUGCAGCCCCUGGAACGGGAGCUCAAGCACCUGGAGGAGAUACUGCUGCAGAAGCAGGGCAUCUUCCUCAGCCGGGCCUCCAGCAUCAGCCUGACAGUGGAACAUGCACUGGAGAGCUUCAGCUUCCUCAACACCUCUGACAUGGAAGACUCGGAGGGUUCUGAGGAGGAUCCCCUCCACGAUGAGAGGUGCACAGCAAGGAGGGCUGUCAGACCACGGCGGGGAAGCAGAGCCCCCAGCACCAGCGAGACGGGGGCAGAUGACACCGGGAUGUGCAGCGGCUCCGAGGCCAGCACCGACCCCAUGAGCACAGGCAACGAGUUCCUGGAUAAGGCCCUGGUGCUUCACCUCCACACCUGCAACCGCCUGCUGCUGAAGUUGGGCACCUUCGGUCCCCUGCGGUGCCAGGAGAUGUACGCCCUGGACAGGCUGCUGCGGGAGGCCCAGGUGCUGGAGAUCAUCUGCCAGCUGACGGAGGAGCGAGCGGGAGCAGCCGGAUCUGCUGCCGAAGUGGUGCAGUUCUCGACACGGAAGGAGGGCGUGUUGUCCCUCUGGGACCGUUGUGUGGAGAGGCCCAACUUCUACACCUGCCCCGUGGAGCGGUUCCUGCAGGUGGUCAGCACCCAGCACGCAGCACCCAUCAACGAGCGGCACCCCGGCCUGGCUGAUGUCGUGUGUGUGAAGCUGGUGGAGGACGUUCUGAACCGGCGGCUGCCCCGGCGGCCGGGCAGUGCCCAGAGCGAGCAGGUCACCAUUUUUCAGUACUGGAGCCACUUUGAGUCACUCGGCCCCCUGGUGCUUGACACUUACAUGAUGGAGCUGGCAGAGGAAGCCCUGCUGGCACAGAACCUCAACUCUGAUGACCAGGACGUGGUGCUGCGUGCCCUGAAGCGUGUCCCUGAGGGCCGCCUGAAGAAGGAGGGACUGAAGGCACUGAGCCUGCUCCUUGUGGAAGGCAACAGCAAGGUGGUGAGCGCCGUGUCAGCCCAGCUCCGCAGCCUGGCAGAAAACCCACGGUUUCGCCAACGGGCUCUCGUGUGCUACCUGGAGCAGCUGGAGGAUGAGGAGGUGCAGACACGCGUGGCUGGGUGCGCGGCACUGGGGUGCCUGAAGGCCAAGGAGAGCAUUGAGCAGCUGGUUUACCUGUGCCAAACCGACAAGGAGCCUGUGCGGGAAGCAGCCAAGCAGAGCCUGAUGCUGUGUGGGGAAGAUGGCAAAUCAGCUCACCGGCGCCUGGAGGAGACCAUGGACAACCUGCCGAGGAUCUUUGCCCCAGCCAGCAUGGCCAGCACGGCUUUCUGAGCAACCAGCCACCCAAACCCACCCGCCACCCCUCGAGGGCCAAAGCCACCGCUGGGCCCACCCUCCCCGGGCUCGUGGGGCCGCUCAGCCGCCGGCAGCUCAGCGCAGUCUUACCCCGGAGCCGCACACUGCCUUACGGAGCACCGCGCUUCCCCGGCCCCACCGGGUGCCACGGCCGCACCCUGGGCAGGGCUGCACACCCCACCCUCCCGUAGUGAUAUUUAAAACCACCCCGGGGAGGGUCUCCACAGCCCCCCCGGAGACGCCCCGGAUCCCUCUGCCUCCUCUCGCCUUCCUCUGGCCGGAGGACCUGCACUUUGUGAACCACACCUGGGCCGUGGGGACUGCUGCCACGCACCACCCGGAGUCCCCAGGACUUAAAUAAAAGGAAAUAUGAGAUAUUAUUAAUAUAUUCUGCUGGCGUUUCUUCUUUCCAGCUCCUGUCCCUCCCUGGCUGUGGCUGGAGGGAGUGUGGUGAGAUGUGGCCCCCCCCCCCCCAAGCCCGGAGCUUUUCCUGGUCUGCUGGGAAGCGCUGUGGAGGGCAGGGGCGGGAGAAGCAAGAGAAGGACAGACAGACAGACAGAAGGAUGGACGGAAGCUGCCACCUCUUUUUGUUGUUGUUGUCAUUUUAUUUUAUUUUUUAUUUACAGAUUUUUGCAGAAAAACAAAAGCAAAAAAUUCUUUUCUAUAAUGUCUCUAUAAAUCUAUAUAUAAUGUAAUUACAGAGAGUGACUAAUUUUGAUUUUAAACAAGAAAUAAAACCAAACCUUUAAUGAGUGA